CCAUUGCAUAUAUGAAUUUUACUUUCUCAUCAUCAGUAGAAUACAUAGGAGUGUGCACUGCUAUAUAACACUGGUUUCGCUACUCUUUUAUCAUUUGCACUUCUAUUCCAUCUGGGUCUUUCAAUGGAAAAGAAUCUGCCUAAGUUGUUACUGAUCCUUACAGUAGCAAUAAUUUCAUCAUCCACAAGGUGCACAAUGGCUUUACGACGCUGUGGAAACUGUGGUCGAAUUCCUGUGCCAUACCCACUGAGCACUGGACAAGACUGCGGCGACCAAUCCUAUAAAAUCCGGUGCACUGCAGGCACAUUAUGGCUGGAUACACUUGGCGGAUCAUCGUACACGAUCACAUCCAUCAACCUGUUUACACAACGGAUCAUUAUCCGGCCUGCAAGCCUUGCAGGCAAUGCGUGUGUCACUACUGAUUAUCAUAGCCAAGGAAUCCAGCUUGACGACAAUCUCCCUUUUAACAUCACAAGCAGCAACACCAUUCUGUUGCUGAACUGUACAGAUGCAAUGUUGCACUGGCAAGUUCCCCUAAAUUGUUCAAUCACUAGCAUCUGUCAUGACUACAUCAGAGAGAAUGCGCCAGUAUGCAAGGCUGCACCUUUGUGUUGUGCCUUCAACACUGGCGGAUCACAGACCGCCUACGUGAUUAGGGUUCAAGGUGGAGGGUGUGCAGCAUAUCAGAGCUUUCUUUACAAGGACAUCAAUGCAGGGCUAGUGAAGAAGUGGCCAGAGCCCGGGCUAGAGAUACAAUGGGCGCUGCCAAGGGAGCCAGUCUGCAAAACCCCUCUGGAUUGCAAAGACUUGUUGUUCUCAACAUGUUUGGCUGAUCCGGUGAGUACCUGGCAGAAUAGGUGCUUCUGCAAUGCUGGUUUUAAAUGGGAUCCUGUCAAUGGAGUGUGCCAGAAAGCAGCGUGCGUUGGUGGAAACGCUUGCAAAACUCGGAAGAAGAAGAAGAAAAAAUCUGCACUAUUUGCAGGUGCAGCAGUUGGGGCGGUUGGAGUCCUACUUAUCAUAAGUGGGACUCUACUCUUCAGCAACAAUCAUAGAAUGAAGAAAGAAGCACAAAAGAAUCUAAUCAAGGAGAGGAAAGAGAUACUAAAUGCCAAGUACAGUGGCAAGUCAGCCAGGAUUUUCACUGGAAAGGAGAUAAUUAAAGCAACCAACAAUUUCUCGAAAGAUAACCUCAUCGGAUCAGGUGGGUUCGGUGAGGUCUUUAAGGGCAUACUUGAUGAUGGAACAGUAACAGCAGUCAAGCGUGCAAAGCUUGGGAACACAAAGGGGACUGAUCAGGUACUCAAUGAGGUGCGUAUUCUCUGCCAGGUGAACCAUCGCAGCCUGGUGAGACUUCUUGGCUGUUGCGUGGACCUUGAGCAGCCUAUCAUGAUUUAUGACUACAUCCCAAACGGUACCCUUUUUGAUCAUCUCCAUAGCCACCAUUCUGGCAAGAGGACACCACUCACCUGGCAACUGCGGCUUCACAUCGCCCACCAGACUGCUGAGGGUCUGGCCUAUCUUCACUCUGCAGCACUCCCACCCAUUUACCAUCGCGAUGUUAAGUCAAGCAACAUAUUGCUUGAUGAAAAGCUCAAUGCCAAAGUUUCUGAUUUUGGUCUGUCUAGGUUGGUUGAGAGAACUGAAACCAAUGACAGCCAUAUAUUUACUGGUGCUCAGGGGACGCUUGGUUAUCUUGACCCUGAAUACUAUCGAAACUUUCAGCUGACUGAUAAAAGUGAUGUUUAUAGUUUUGGAGUUGUAUUGCUGGAGCUGCUGACUUCAAACAAGGCAAUUGAUUUCAACAGAGAAGAAGAGUAUGUGAACUUGGUGGUUUAUAUAAAAAAGAUAAUGGGGGAAGAGAGGUUAAUGGACGUGGUUGAUCCAGUGCUUAAAGAGGAAGCCACUAAAUAUGAACUGGAGACAAUUAAGGCAUUGGGAUAUCUGGCAGGUGCUUGUGUGGAUGACAAGAGGCAGAAUAGGCCGUCGAUGAAAGAAGUUUCUGAUGAGAUCGAAUAUGUUAUUAGUACUCUUACUGCACAGGAGAUUUCUGAGUCUAAACAACAAAUACUCUCAAAGCCCUGAAUGGUCGGCUUUCUUAUUUAGGGAAUGAUCAAUGGCUCCUUGUGAACGGUAAAUUUAUCCUUCAACUUCAGUAUAAUGGCCUCUCCAAAGAUACUAUCUACAGUUUCUAACCGAUCUAUCACUUGAUGUCAGCCUGCAGAAACUGGCUAAACUAUCAUCUAAUGAUCUGAACAUCAUCCUGCCUAGCUGUAAUCUCUGUGGGAUAGUUUCAUCAUAAUGGUUUUGGGCUGCUCUUGCUAAAUUUUUUGGGAUCUAGAGAUUGUGCAAUUUCACAGGAACUAGAUUAUCAUCUAGUUAAUUGAAACAUAGGAAGACUGACUCAAAAAAAAUUUCAGCAGAGGAAAAAAUGCACAUUUUAUCCCCAAUGUUAACAAUAACAGUGAAAUCUCUAAGGCAACUAAGAAGUAAAAGUGAAAUAAACUUUAA